AUGGCACCGACGCAGCUCAGCAUUGUGCUGGAGCGCCUGCUCAACGAACUCGGGGUAGUCGACCUCAGUACGUUCGAGGCUGUGCUCAUGCACGAUACAGGGCGCGGCAGCACUGCUACCGCUGGCGUAAUCUCUGAGUUGGAAGAGAAGUUGCGGUCACAGACUAAGGAGCUCGCUUCUGAGCAGCGCUCUGCGAGCGCUGUGAAGAGGGCACUCGCGUCGGCGCGGGAUGAGCUUGCUGCGGCACAAGAGCUGAGGCGCUCCGACUGCGACAACCUGAGGAGAGCGCAGCAGGCUGCUAAACGCGACAUCAAAGCGGCCGAGCGGAUGGCCGACCGCGAGGCAAAACACGCAGCUCGAGCUGAGUGUGAGUGGCGUAUCGGCAAGAUGCGGGCCAAGAUGCAGGCUGAGCUGCGCGAGCAGCUCGACGCGCGGCAGAUUUCGAUGGAGGCAGAGGCGAGGCGCGCUGAUGCCGCAGAGGCGGGGAGAGACAGCGUUGCGCGAGCAUUGGAGAGGCCAGCCUCCGGCUUCUCAGCGUGUCGCGAGUGCUGGAUCUCUGUCUGCCUGGGCCAGUGCGCUACUUGCGGCGCGCAAUUCCUGCUCAAGUACGCGCACCGUACCAUGUGCUGCCGCUAUGCGUGCCGUAAGGCGGCUGCGGCGAAGCGGCGGGCGCGGCAUACACCGAUGCGCGAUGGCAGUGCGGACGAUGCGUUUGCGAUGUGUUCUGCUUCAAGAUGGUCUGUGGGGAAAAAACCAAAGCGGAGCGGUGGCCGGCGGCCCCAACAGCUAAAGGUCAACAUCCCCUCCGGCUACGACAAUGUGAACCUGAUCUGGUCCUCACGGGUGCUCAAGUGCUUCAAGAUCGUGGCGGUGCUUGGCAUGGAUAUGCACUUCUGCGAUCCCAAUCAGCUCAUCGCAACGAAGCAGCGCAACAAGCUGGCUGCUGCCAACAAGGUCCUAUGCUACCUCACGCGCGGAUCGUUCAAAGAGGACCAGCGCAUACACAGGCUUCUCUGA